CCGCCCAAUGGAAUCUGAUCAGGGAAACCCGCGGGCGGGCCCGGCCUCACGCAGGCCCAGUGCGCCGAGACCAGCAGCGGGGCGGGGCCGCGUAACGGGCGGGGUCACUAACCAAUGAUAGCGCGGCGCGGGAGGUGGGAGGCGGGCCUUCCGCGUGACGGGCAGGACCGCUAACCAAUGACAACACAGCACUGGCGGGGGAAGGCGGGCACAGCGCGUGACGGGCAGUCGCGCUGUCCAAUGGGGCGCGGCGGGAAGGGGGGCCGAUUCUGGAAGCCAUUACGCCAGUGCCGCAGGGCCGCGGCCGUUCUGCGGGGCCGCCGGGCGGGCGCCGUACGCAAUUUGCGUAUCGCCGGCGGUGCCCGGGGGGGAGCGGGGGGCACCGACCCCUGCGGGCCCUUAGGGGCCUCGGGGCCCCCCUGCCGUCCCCGUCCCCCCGGGGGGGGGGGGGCCCUGCCACCCCUCGGCCCUGCCCGGCGCCCCCCGUGUCCCCCCCCUCCCGCGGUGUGACCCCCGGUGCCCCCACAUGGCCAUGGCGUCGCCGCCGGCCCCGCCGGCCAAGAAGCGUAAGAUGAAUUUCUCGGAGCGGGAGGUGGAGAUCAUCGUGGAGGAGCUGGAGCGGGGCAAGCACCUCCUGGUGAACCACUUCAACGCGGGCGUGCCGCUGGCCGCCAAGGCCGCCGCCUGGCACGACAUCCUGCGCCGGGUCAACGCCGUGGCCACCUGCCACCGCGAGCUGCCCGAGGUCAAGAAGAAGUGGUCCGACCUCAAGACCGAGGUGCGGCGCAAAGUGGCCCAGGUGCGGGCGGCCAUGGAAGGGGGAGGCGAGGGGCAGAACGGCGGCGCCGGCACCACCGAGGGCGAAGACCCCGCGGGCGCCGCGGCCGCCCCGGUGAUCCUGACCCCGAUGCAGCAGCGCAUCUGCAACCUGCUGGGAGAGGCCACCAUCAUCAGCCUACCGAGCGGGGACUGCGGCGCGGGGGACGGCGGAGACAUCCCCAUCACUGCCUCGGCCACCACCGUCACCCUGACCCAGAUUCCUGCAGAGACAACCUACCACAGCCUGGAGGACGGGGUGGUGGAGUACUGCACCACAGAAGCCCCCGCCACAGUGACCACGGAGGCGCCCCUGGAGAUGAUGGCCCACCAGCACGAGGUGUCCGCCAAGCCCCAGGAGCUGAAGAGCCGCAUCGCCCUGAACUCUGCCAAGCUCCUGCAGGAGCAGCGGGUGACCAACCUGCACGUGAAGGAGAUCGCCCAGCACCUGGAGCAGCAGAACGACCUGCUGCAGAUGAUCCGCCGCUCCCAGGAGGUGCAGGCGUGCGCCCAGGAGCGGCAGGCGCAGGCCAUGGAGGGCACGCAGGCGGCGCUGAGCGCCCUCAUCCAGGUCCUCCGCCCCAUGAUCAAGGACUUCCGUCGAUUUUUGCAGAGCAACACGUCCAGCCCGCCAGUCGCCGCCGAGCCCGGCCAGGCAGGGCAGCAGGAUGAUCUAUAGCCUUUAAAUGACUUCUGAUGUGGAGAGUUUUGUCAGGAUAUCACAGUGCUGCAGCUGCCCAAGGUACAGUGAUCAUAAACUGUAGUGAAUGCAUUUCUGGCUCUUGCUGAAAGCAUUUACUGGAAGCGUGGCACCGGAUGUGGUAGAACCUUCUCUCUGCACUGAGAGCUACAGAAUCUGCUCCUGCAGCAUAACAUCCACCCAGCCCCUGCAGACCAGCACCAAGCCUCCAUGCAGUCCAAAUCCCACCCACGUCCCCUGAGGAUAUCAAUGGGACUAAAAUAGUGCGUUCACCUCAUGCUUUAUCUACGUGCUGCAGUUAUGAAAUUUUGCUGUCACCUUGGCAGAUGAGAUGAAAGUUUCAUGUCUUGGUUACCAGAAACUGUCCCGGGACACAUGUUGGAGCAAUGUCUUUCCUGUCGCAGCGUUAAAUACCCAAGGGACUGGAUGAGUUUUACUCAGGGGGGUGUAACAGGUGAAACUCCACCUCUGCCUCAUCUGCAUAGUGUGUCACCUCCAGAAUACCUUAAUCCAUCAAAGUGGACCUGGACUACACAGCUUCAGCCAUGCAGGAAUUCCCAACGUUUAGGAGUUUGUCAGCCACUGAUUUAAUGGAGUGAAUUUUGGGGCAUUACUUGGUUCUGCUGGUGGAGGUGUUUGUUCUGUAGUGCCUGGGAGCUGGAAGUGAGUCCAGCUGUUCUGUGUUCAUCUGCUGGCUGGCCUCGAGUGGUGGCAUCCUGAGAAACAGAGCUGAGGUUCUCACUGUCCUAUACCGUUAUACAGGGUAAAACAACAUCGCAGCCACCUCUUUGAGGUGUUCAGGCCUUGGAGCUCAGUCUUUAAUGAGAAAGCUUAAUUGCACAGGAUGGUCAACAUGAUUCUCACAGACUUGCAGCGACUUCAUAAACUUUUAAAUUAAAGCUCCACUUGUACAUGCAUGGAAGAAAAAAGAAAAAGAAGGAAGCAUAAUUCUUCCUCUCCCUGUACCUUGCAAAGUGUGUCACACCUAACGGGCUUGUUGCUUGCCAGGUAUUACUUUUGAAAUGGAACUUUUCCAGAGCUAGUAUUUACUUGCUGUUAAGUCUCCUUUAGGGCUGAUGAGGGAGUGGAUUUGCACAAUCAAAUGAAACCUUUACACAGCCUUUAAUGGGGGGAAUGCUGAUGGGGAACCCCUGGUUAGAGCAGAAGUGAAGAGGCCACCGCUGCCUGUCCCUGGGCCUUUACUCAUCUCCUCUCAUCUGCAAAUCUGAUGAGGGAGAAAAAGACAGCACAGUGAGAAGGGUUUGGUCCCUGGAAGAGUCCCAACCCCUUGGGACUGACACCUGAGCUGAGUCUGGGCAGAUCAGCUGCCUUGUCCUGCCUUGUCUGGCAUCUCGCCUCAUGAGUAACACUUGCCUGACUCUUCCUCUUGGACUUUGUGGAAUCAAAUCAAUUGCUCAAUUGAAAUUUAUUUUUAAAGUGAGAACUAUGUCAUAUGUGUUGGUUUACCUCAUUUGUGUAAUGACCUCUCCUUUACAAAUACAGAUUUUAAUAAAAAAAAUACAUUUUUGGUAAA